AUGGAAUUUAGUUUGAACUGGCACAGUGCAAACGGCUUCAAGAACCAUAUGCAUCGUCUCGGCAAAACGCAGAUACAUCAGCUUGCUUUGGAAAAGAUCAUCGUUCAAGGAUACAAAGCCUUACGUUUACAAUACUUUUUUACCGCUGGAGCUGAUGAAGUGAAAGCUUGGACUAUUCAGAAAGGCACAAAAGCACCCCAGGCAGCUGGAAGAAUCCACACAGAUUUUGAAAGAGGAUUCAUCAUGGCUGAAGUUAUGCAUUAUGAAGAUUUCAAGGAGGAAGGGUCGGAAGCAGCAUGCAAGAGUGCCGGAAAAUACAGACAACAGGGCCGAAACUAUGUGGUGGAGGAUGGAGACAUCAUAUUUUUCAAGUUCAACGUAACUGCGCCAGCAAAGAAGAAAUAA